AUGUUCAGAAUUGCAAAGAACCUAGUGAGAACUUUCGAGCAAAGUGUAUCAGACACCAUUGGCGCAGGAACCCAGCUCGACUCAUACUUCGAAAGUGUUCCCCCUAAUCUACUGAGUCCAGGUAAUAAUACAAAUGAGCUGCUCCAUGGGUUGCGAGUGUUGGCUUGCGAUGAAUCUCAGGUGCAGCUUCAGUCGUUCUUCGACUACAUCAUAGGCAUUGAUGACCAGCCUUUGCCCCUAUCGCAGAACCAGCACGGGUACUUGUACCCAGACUUUGGAAGCAUCACAAGGCUUUUGAACGCCGCAUGCGGGUCAAGCGUUAAGCUCAACUUAUGGUCUGGGAAAGGUGGCGUCUACAGAGAUGAAUACAUACGCGUGGAGCGCAAAAAGAACGUCGAAGACGUACCCCUCGACGGAAGCAGGGACGUUGUUUUCCAGGAGUUCGACGCGCUAGGAUUUGCAGUCCAGUGGACGCCGUUGACUGCCGCUACUUACACCUACCACGUUCUCGAGCUUUCAGAUCCCACGGGGCCUGCAGCUCAGGCGGGGUUCGUUCCGCAGGAGGACUACGUUGUGGGCUGCCAAGAAGGCUUGCUUGCAACGGGUGGUGAGACCUUACUUCAAGACAUUCUAAGAUCACAUGCCGGCCAGGACUUGGUGCUGUACGUGUUCAACGCUGUCAGCGACUGCAUCAGGCCUGUUACUGUUCACGUGGGUCACGAUGGCCGGCUCGGCUGCAACAUGGGUUAUGGCUUCUUACACAGAAUACCUGCACCUUUCAGGCAAGAACCCGCUUCCGCCGUGGAAGCUUCCUUUGCGGACGCGCCUAUGUCAGACCAGUCGUUUGUGCCCGCCGGAUCCUCUAACAUCGGAAUUCCUCAACCUUCUACGGACAUACAGCCAACCUCGACUUCUCAGUUUAUUGUGCCCAACCCUACGCAUAAGCGUAAGCAAAAGCAUCACAAGGUAGCAGCAGCAACUUCUAUUCAAGACUACUUCCAAGAGGGAAAGGACCCCAGUCCCGCGUUUUCGACUAAAAGCUCUUCAACUCCGCCACCGCCCCCGCCAGUGAAGAACCAAGAUACCACGAAGUGA